GUAUAUCACAUAUAAGUUCCAACAAUUGUAAAAUUUUCUCCUUCCUCUCUCAUAAUCCCAUUUCUGAAUUAUUAUUUCUUUAAACUAUGGAGCUUCUUCCUUUUUGGAGAAACUUCAGUACAGCUCAGAGAACUCCAAGAAUAUUAAUUCUUGUUUCCUUAACAUUAAUCAUUCUUGGUCUUAUUCCUCUUUACCAUCCUUUUUAUAGGUACCCUGCGAAUUUAGUCGUAGACCAUUCUUCUAAAAUUACAUCAUCACUAUCAUAUGGUACUACAACUAAGUACCAAAAGAUAAUAGAACAGGAUGAUGAAGACACGUGUGAUGUAUUCAUUGGAGAGUGGGUUCAUAAUCCGGAUGCUCCGUAUUACACGAACUUGACAUGUUGGGCGAUCCACGAACACCAAAAUUGCAUGAAAUAUGGGAGGCCGGAUAUUGACUUCUUGAAAUGGAGAUGGAAGCCUAAAGGGUGCGAUCUACCAAUUUUUAACCCGUAUCAAUUUUUGGAUAUGAUGAGAAAUAAGUCUAUGGCAUUUAUUGGAGAUUCAGUCGGAAGAAAUCAAAUGCAGUCUUUAAUUUGCCUCUUGUCUCGGGUGGAAUAUCCGAUUGAUAUUUCUUAUGACACAGAUCAAAAUUUCAGAAGGUGGAAAUACACGACAUAUAAUUUCACCUUAGCAGCAUAUUGGUCACCAUUUUUGGUCACGGUUAAAGAAUCAGACCCUGAUGGUCCUAGCCAUACAGGACUUUUCAAUCUUUAUCUUGAUGAACCUGAUCCAAAAUGGACUACUCAAAUUGAAAAUGAACAAUUCAAUUAUUUGAUCCUCAAUUCUGCUCAUUGGUACACAAGGUGCAGUAUCUACUACGAAAAAAAUCAAAUAAUUGGGUGUCAUUACUGUGGACUACCAAAUAUUACUGAUCUCUCAAUAAAUUAUGGCUAUCAAAAAGCACUUAAAACAACUUUAAAAGCCAUAAAUAGUUUAGAGAAUUUUAAAGGUGUUACUUUUGUUAGGACAAUUGCACCUUCUCAUUUUGAAGGUGGUGAAUGGAAUAAAGGUGGAAAUUGUGUGAGACAAGGUCCAUUUAGAAGUAAUGAGACAACAUUGGAUGGUAUAAGUUUGGAAUUUUAUAGGACACAAGUUGAAGAAUUUAAGAUUGCAGCUAAGGAAGGGAAGAAAAAAGGUAAAAGGUUUAGAUUAUUGGAUAUGACACAAGCAAUGUUGUUGAGACCAGAUGGUCAUCCUAGUAAAUAUGGACAUUGGCCAAAUGCUAAUGUGGUUUUGUAUAAUGAUUGUGUGCAUUGGUGUUUGCCUGGUCCUAUUGAUACUUGGAGUGAUUUCUUGCUUCAUAUGUUGAAGUUAGAGGGAAGGAGAGCUCUUGAAGAAAGUCUUCAAUUGAAAUAAGGUGCAAAAAAUAAAAAUAAAUUGUACCCUAAUUUUUUAUUUGUUUUAUUUAAUUGUUGAUUUUAUUUUAUUUAAAGAAGAUCAUGAAUAGUGUUGCUUGACAUGGAUAUAGUUACUUUUUAUGAGUUUCAAUUCAACGGAGUAUUUUAAAUCUUUUGUUUCGAAAUAAAAAA